UUGUCUUUAUGUCAUAGACCAUAGUCUGUGGCCCUCAAUUCGCUUAAAUUCAUUCAUUAAACAGCAAUCAUUUUUUCGUUUUGUGAAAUUAUAAUCUUAUUUCUCAAUUCACAGAUAUUUGGAAGCGUUAUUAUCAAAAUAACACGUAAUUAGUUUUCAAUUUGAUUUAAAAUAGUUCAUGAAAUGUGGCACGAAGCACGUAGACAAGAGCGUUUAAUUCGCGGCUUAAUAGUGGAUUAUCGACGGAGGGCUGAACGACGAAAAGAUUUCUAUGAAAAAAUUAAAGCGGAGCCGACUCAAUUUUUACAACUACAUGGAAGGGUGUGUAAGAUACAUUUGGAUCCCGCUGUUGCUGCAGCGGGAGAAGGGCCAGCUAUCAUGAUGCCCUGGCAAGGUGACACUAGCAAUAUGAUUGACAGAUUUGAUGUUAGGGCACACCUUGAUUAUAUGCCAGACAUCAAAGUGCCAGACAUACCUCCUGAAGAACUUAGUCAAGAGGAGAGGCAGUGUAACUAUGAACGAUACAGAAUCCUUGCACAAAAUACUUUUCUUGGAAUAAGUGAAGAUAAGUUCCUCCAGCAACUAGCAAUAGAAGAACAGUUUGGUGUCACGAUAGAGGAGAAAGAGAUGCAUAAGGAGCGAUUAAAUGAGAAAAAGGGGACAGGUGUAGCAAUCGGAUACAAUUAUAAUGAUCCCGGAUCUCAACCAUCCUGCUCAAACGGCCCUGAACUAAUGGAAAGUAAGGAUUCUGAUGAAGAAUCCGAUUUAGAGAUCAUUGAUGUUGAUCUGAGCAUUGAUGUCAACAAAAUGAAGGCUGCACAGGCUCACGAGUUAAAUGCUGUGGGACCUCAAUAUGGUAUGACUGGAUGUGAUCUCUUCUCGUUUCUUACUGGUGACGCGGAUGAAGCGGAACAUCAGAAGCAAUUAUUACGAGAGGAGAAGGAAAAAGCGUUGUUCUCCGGUAGAAAGAGUCGCAGGGAGAGACGCGCACAUCGGGAUAAAAGACUGCCACCAUUACCAACAAGUCCACCGAGUUAUGCAGCGCCGGCUGAGAAGUCAAAAGAAGCGUCGCCUGUGCGUUCAAAUACACGAUCGCCGUCUCCUGAGGUAGAGAAUAUUGAGUUCAUCACCUCGUUUGGGCCUGAUGAUGAAGAUAAACCACCACCGCCUCCAAAGCCUCUCUAUGCUGAGAAACUAAAGAAGAAUCUUAAGAGGAAUAUGCUCUAUUCAGAAAUCGUGAGAAAGCGAAGAUCCAGGUCAAGAUCCCGUGAUAAACCCAGACCUGUAAUGGGACCGCGGUUCAGGGACUCGAUUUCCCGCUCGAGGUCUAAGUCUUAUUCAAGAUCCAGGUCUAAGUCCAGGUCCAGAUCCAAGUCAAGGUCUACUUCAAGGUCCCGAUCCAGAUCAAGGUCUAAUUCGUCUUAUCGAAGGUCUAGAUCUAGGAGUUACGGGAGACGGUCGCGUAGCCGUUCUAACUACGGUGGAAAUGGGAAACGAAAUAGAUCCAGGUCGAUGUCAUAUGAAAGUAAGUGCGAGCCAAAAGCCGUGCCGCGUUACUACGGGCGUCGCAAAGAAGACAAAUCUUCGAGUGAACUCUCGAUCGACUCUGAUUCUAGCACUUCAGAUCAUAAUUAUAAAUCUUCAGUCAGCAAUAAAUCACAGGCAAACCAGAAUCAGUUACGAUUAACUGGAUCCAGCUCCAAAGGAACAUCGCGUGAGGCGCUGACAAUGAAAGAACGGCUGAAACGAAAAAUGCAAGCGCAGCUCUCGAGACAAUUGCGUGCGGACAAGCGCCUGGAAGCGGAACGUCUGGAACGGGAAAGCAGGAGGCAGGCACGACGAGAUGAAGAGAUGCGGGAACUCGCUAUUAAGCUACGAAGGAAACAACGCGAAAUGCGACACCAACAGAGUCGUCGAUCGAGCGAAGACGACUCCGAAAGAAGUCGAAGUGGAUCAUCGCCCAGAAAAUCACCAUCGCCAAAAGAGCGAAGUAAGUCCAAGAGCAAAACUCCUGAGAAACGCAUUCAAGUCUGGGAGUCAGACGAAGUGUCUCCGUACAGGCAGAAGUACCAAGAAGUUGAUAGGCGACGCCACGAAGAGGAAUACAGGCAAAGACGGGAUAAUAGGGUUUUCAGGGGCCGCAAAGAUUACAGAGGACAAAGACAUGAAGAUGGACCUUCAGGGAGAGAUGACUCAGACGGGAGAAAAGUGAAGUUGGUGGACUAUUGAAUGAAUACGUUAAGUACGUGCACGCACGUAUACGUUGAUGUUACUGCUCUUGUAAAUGUAUAACUCAUAAUAAGUUAAGACAUCUAAUAAAAUGUUCAGACGGUUUUUAUGAAAAAAUAUUAUUUUUUAAAAUGAAUUUUUAAGUACAUAUAUGAAUUACAAUAUAUUGCGUAUAUGUACAGAGUGAAUGAUUUUUUUAGUAAAAGCAAAACAUUGAAAACUAAAGAUUUUAUGGCAUUGAACCCAUAAUUUUUUUAUGUGUAACCUUGCAUCAUUUGGUUAAUUUUGAUGUAUUUAAUUAGACUAUUCCGAGUUUUUAUGCCUGCUACUUUUGUAAGGUAAUCUUAUUUAUUCAUAUUCACGGCAGCAUUGAUUCAGUUUUAAUUUAAUUCCAUAAAUAAAAAUAAAUAGCUAUUCUCAUUCUUGUUGCUUCAAAAAUAGUUGUUGUUAUAUUCUUUACAUUUUGAGGAAAACAAACAUUUGUAGUGUUCAAAGCAUUAAAAUUCUCUACAACUUAGAUUCAGUUAAGUAUCAAAAAAUGUCGAAAAAUGUAUGUGGGUAAUAUUUAGCUGAAUUAAUUUUAUAUAUAGUUAAAAUAUUAUAUCUAAUAAAAUUGUCAAUAUUUGUGUAAAUAUAUUAAAACUUAUAAAUAGUUGCUAAAAUGUGUUGCUGCUGCUAACAUACAUAACAUAUUUGUCAAUUAUGAAAUACAGAUUAAGGAGUUAUAAG